UGCUAUCUAUAUAUCAGUAAAUGUUAAUGGUACCAUACUAACCAUGGUAACAUACUAUUAAUGACCUUUUGUGAGGUUUGAGACACAACCAUAGAAUGUUAUUUAAAAUGAAUUUAAAAGAAUUUGUAUUUCAACAGUGUGUACAAAAGUGUUACAUCCAUACCCUGGUCAGUCCUUCUGGUUAGUUGUGGCUGAAAUACAUGAAUUUAAAAAUUAGAAGGAUGUACCGAUACCUUUGUCCAAUAGUGUGCAAUGCAAAAUGUACUAUACUUUGUGAUGCAUGCUAAGAAAAUUUAUAAAAACUGGUUACAAAAUGCAUGUAAUGUUUGACUUAAUAUACCUUUAUUCUGUUACAUGUAGCAGUUCAGAUGGAAGACAAGCAGUAUGAUUCCCAUAUGCUUCCAGUUGAUUCAUUUCAGCAUUGGUAUCACUCCACACAGGAGCAGUUUCAACCAGAGUCAAUACCUCAGUACAGUCAGUUGGUGAACGCUGUUAAUUAUCAGCAGGAAGACAGAGAGUAUGGCAUCACAGAUGAAUUAUCAGUCUAUAAGGAUCAAUAUCCACCUCAAAGCCAACUUCAUCAUCAGCUGGCUACUCAACACACAGCUCUUCCUUUGACUCCUGAGAAAGGAAAGAAACGUGGGCGACCAGUGAAACAGAAAUCACAAGCGAAGGACCAGGUGGAUGCUGAAGACACUGUAAAAAAAACCAAAAGAACUCUGGACAGAUUUAAUGGCAUGUCUGUGGAGGAGGUCAUGGCCAGGAAACUGCCAGACAUCAUCACCUUUAACUUAGACAUUUUGAUAAUUGGAAUCAACCCUGGACUAAUGUCUGCCUACAAGGGACGACAUUACCCAAAUCCAGGAAACCAUUUUUGGAAGUGCCUGUUCUUAUCAGGGCUUACAGAGCAGCAACUGAACUACAUGCAUGAUCAGAAUCUUCCAGAAAAAUACAGCAUUGGGUUUACUAAUAUGGUAGAGAGGACUACACCUGGUAGCAAAGACCUGUCAAAUAAAGAGAUAAGAGAAGGUGGUAAGCAACUUCUGGAAAAGCUGCAGAAAUACAGGCCACGUAUUGCAGCUUUUAAUGGAAAAGGUAUUUAUGAAACAUUUUGUAAAGAGAUUUUUGGAAUAAAAGCCAAAAACUUAGAAUUUGGACUGCAGCCCUACAAAGUUCCAGACACAGAAACGUUGUGCUUCUUGAUGCCAUCCUCCAGUCCACGCUGUGCUCAGUUCCCUCGUGCUCAGGACAAAGUUCAUUUUUAUAUUAAGCUGAAGGAGCUCAGGGACCAGCUGAGGGGUGUGGUGCCCAACCAGGAGAUUGAGGAGACACAGUACACAUUCAAUUUGGACAUGGCCAAAGAUGAUGCUAAAAAGAUGCCAAUCAAGGAAGAGCAGCAUGACCCAGCCUAUGAGGAAAGCUCUACCAGUGGAACCCACCAGUCCUGCAGCCUCUAUCCUGCUAACAAACAAGGUGUCACAAUUUCAGAACACUCCUCAACUAUGGAGUCAGUCAAUUCCAACCAGUGGACAAUGCAGCCAUUCGCAGAGCAGAUUCCAGACAUUAGGUAUCCCAGCACCAAUGGGACAACACAACAUUAUUAACCUGUUUAAGGAAGUGCAUUAUAAGUUCUUCUGAACUGCCUCAUUUCACUCUACCAAACUUGAAAUGUAUGUUUUUAUUACAGUUUUGUCUACCUUUUAUCAUGCGUCCCAAAGCCAUUCCAGUUUAGACUUUUUAGGCUAUUUUUUAAAAUAUGAAUGUUGUUGUAAAGAAUGCUGUUUUUAUAGCAGAAACAGUUUGUAGAAUAAGCAACAAAUCCCACAUACUCUACACUUGGAAGGCUUUAGAAGCCUACUAAAUGGGACCCCAACAUUUGAAACAUUUUGCAAGUUCCAACACUCACUGCUGAGCUUUAACUUCUUUUGGAUACAAACUGUUGGACGCUGGAUGGAUCAGUAUUCCAUGGUGGAGCAGCUGUACAUCACAUGCACUGACAAGCAUCCACUGGACUACAAUAUUGCCAGAUACAAGCAAGUCCCCAUCUGUCUGAAUGCAUGCCUUUAUGCUUAGUGUUAGCUGGAAAGUGUGAUGGAUGUGAAAAGUUUGGGCACCUCUGGGUGAAUUACAUAAAGUAUUUUGUAGAUGUUUUUAUAAAUGAAAAGAAGUUAAAGCAAUGUUCACAGAAACAUAGUCAAGCAAAGAAAAACGAUUCUGAUGUGUACAUAUCUUACACAGAAUUUUUUCAGCACAAGCUCAUUUCAGUUUUAAUCCUUCAUGAAUGUCAAGCAUGGUUUGUUCUACUUGCUCAAUACCUCACCGUGAACCAUGUUUCUUGGUGCUUAUUUAUGACUGUUACCUAAGUUUAAUGGUGUCUUUUAUUAUUUUGCCCUGUGUAACACUAAGACAAGGGGAUGGAGCCAUGUUACUGUACAGAUCAUCAGCCAAGGUUUGUUAAAGCAAUGGGCAACAUCAAAACCUUGCUCCAGUGAUUUGAAAGGCUAUUUUUAUGUUGUAACUGAGCAUUUACAGGACUAUUUAUUGAAAUUGUUUUGAAAAUAUUUUUACAGUGGUUAAGCAUGUUUACAUUACAUAGUCAUGUGAAGCUUUUUAUAUUUAUGGUGUGAUUACUUUGGAAUUAUAGACUUUUGAUGAAACUAAGAGCCUUUUUGUUUGUUUUUUAUUAACUGGGAUUUUUUUUAUCUUUUGUUUUGUGUUAAUAAUAAUUAAGUGAUCAAGAAAAAAGGUUAAUAGAAUUUGGGAAUUUGAUAAAA